AUGGACAUCUUGCCGAGCAAGACGGACCUGGCUUCGUGCAACAAUCUGGGGGACCUCCUGACGCUGCUGGGCGUUUCGACUUCGCUAUGGAAGGCUCUCACAGAUGUCAUGGGUGAUCCCGGAGGGGACACCCGGCAGGUGGCUGCACUCACCAAAUGGGCCAUCACGCAGGCGAUUGGCAGCGUGCAAGUGGCGCCUAGCAGGGGCGCUUCGGUCGUUCAGGCCGCUCAGUUGGGGCUGGUGUGGCGCUCUGCUAGAAAAAUGGUGUUCCUGAAAGCUGGUGGUGACGAGACUCAGUUCGUGGACGUGGACCCUUGGGAGCCAUCUGGUUCCGGGACGACACCGGCGGCAGCGAGACCAGCGCAGGCGGCAGUGAAGGAAAGCGUCUUGAAGAUGGCGGCUCUGGUGGAUCAGACAGAUGAAAGCGAACUACUUCCUCCGGACAAUGCACAAGUCCAAGCGUGGCUGCAGAGAUACUCCUUGCUGAUGGGAGGCCCUCCAGAGGAGGAAGAGGAGCCGACGGCUGCCCAGCUGGCCGGACUACAUAAAAGAGUGGUGGUGCUGAAGCAGGCUCCCUAUGUCGAUUUUGGGGUGUGGGUGCCGUUUGGAAGGAGGGCCCUCAAGCAGCAGAAGUUCCGCGUCUAUACCCCGCUAGGGGACGGAAGCUUUCUCAUGAGAGAGAUGCCCGGACCCCAAAACCUGCUUCAAUGGCAAGCUUGCUGGAAAGUGCUCAAGACGGCAGCCCUGAUGUUGGGGAUCAUAUCGUUGACGGCGCUGCUGAACUACGAGAAGACGAUCGAGAGGCUGGUGGUCCAAUGGCCGGCGGCGUGGGGGCUUAUCUGCCAAGCAGAAGACAAAGCUCGGGCGGAAAGGUUGGAGAAGAUCAGGCGGAACUUCACGGCGGAGGCAGCUCAGGGAAAAGCUGUGCCAGCAGACUGGGGCGCGGAUGCGCCGUGGACCGCAUGCAUGCAGGCGCUGGCUCGAGAUGAAAGCUUUUGGUCAGAGCAAGUUCGACACCCAGCCGUUUCGUGGCUCGCUGCUGGUGGACGUGGAGUUCCCAUAGCCGCUGCCGAAGCAAUAGCUGGAGCUCAUUUUCCGGGCUCGGAGCUCAGCGGUGGAGGUGCGACAAGCUCUGCCGACAUGGAGCGAAGAAAGCAAGCCAAUCGGGACAAGCGCACCGCGAAGAAGAAGAGGAUCCAGGACCAGCGGGACGAGUUGCAGAAGCUGAAGUCCGCCAGGAAGACGGAGCGCACGGAGGGCCAGCAGAAGAAGGGCGGCGGAAAGGGCGAGACUAAGGAUCAGUCCGGUCUUCAACUUUGUUUCAGCUGGGCCUCGGGUGCCGGACCUUGUGCUGAUGUUCCGGGACUUGCUGAAGAGGGCCUCGGACUUCGCCGCGUUCAAGAGGGGCCGCACCUUCAGGUUUCUCCACCUGUUUUCGGGAAGACCGACGUUUUGGGGAAAGCAGUGCAGACUGAAGCAGCUAAAGCCGGUGUCCAAGCGGAGAUCCGGGCGGUGGACUGGAACGGACCCAUGCAAGAGAACCUCUUGGCGAACGCGCCCACGCUGCUCGAGCAGGCGAAGGCUGGCGAGUGGGAUGCUGGCACCUUGCUAGCAACGAGAAGUUGCGAAGUGGUGGCAGAGAUCGUCAGAACUCAGCGGCUGCGCAAAGUGCCCGAGGCGGGCGCCAUCGAAAAUCCGCCAGGCACAGACGGCGGACCGGAUGGCCCGGUUUGGAUGCUUCCGGAGGUGGUGGCCUUCGUGGAGGAUUUGGACGCGGUGGAAGCCCUGUUCAACACCUGCGCCUUCCAAAGCACUUGCAGACUAAGGUGGUCUAAGCCGGGCAAGUUCGUGGGAAGACUGGACGGGCUCCAAACCUUGAGUCGGAAGUGCGGUUGCCCCGCUGGCUUUCGACACCAGGAGCUCGUUGGCAAGGACAGGACCGAGGCAGCGGCCGAGUAUCCAGCAGAGCUCUGCGCGGAGUAUGCCAAGCUCCUGGUCAAGGCGUGGAAGCGGACACUAGACUUUGAAUGGUGGCGGCGCCAGUCGGCGCUGCAGCUGAAGUGGUACGAGUCGAAGGAGAAGCAGCAGCAGAGGGAGCAGCCCCGCGCCGCGGUGAAGAGGUCCUUUACGUGGACGGACUCCGUGGAGCACAAAGGCCCGGACAGCAAGCUCUCGAAGAAAGGCCAGCGCGAGGAGGAGAACGAGUUCGCGGUUGUCUCGGCGGCCAAGACCUAUGGCGGCGACUCCUGCAGCCUCGAGAUGGACCUGGUGGAGGCCUGGGAGGAAGAGCUGCGAGAGCUGCUACAUGGGCGAUGGACGAUGGACGCCGAGCAGUUGGAAUGGCGCUCCGCUUUCAAGAACUACUCCUCGGUGGAAGCAGACCCGGAGGGCGCGUCUUUGGAACUUGGCCGGUACCUGGACAAGGGCUUCGCGAAGAGGAUGGCCAAGACCGACGCGCAGCACAGGUUCGGCUCCGGGACGGUCAGCAAACUUGCACUGAUCGUCAAGGAAAAGGGAGACGGAACCAUAAAAAGGCGCAUCAUCAUCGACCUUCUCCGGUGGUGGCAACGCCCGCUGUGGAAGUUGAAGGACGCCAGGCUUCGAGAGGAGGACCCGCUGGACGACUUGACGGACAGCGGAGACGAGGACGAGGGCAUUGAAAUGGUUGGGGCGGACCUGUCGGACGCCUACUGCCACUUCGGAGUCGCGGCGGACGAGCUCAAGAACUGUCUGGCGCCUGCCCUUGAAGAGGACGAGAUAUUGGUGUUUUGUGCGAUGUUGUUCGGCUUCAAGGGGGCGCCGCUCAUAAUGGGUAGGCUGUCGGCCGCUUUGGCAAGGUUGUGGCAGUCCAUGGUCAUGAAGGAUGGCGAGCUGCAGCUGUACAUGGAUGACCCGCUCUUCGCGCUCGUCGGCCCCAGAAGCCGAAGGAGAGGAGUGCUGGCAAUGCUCCUUUACACGGCGGCCGCGAUGGGGAUCCAGCUGGCUUUCCACGAGGGCGAGCGGGGGCUCAGGAUAUGCUGGAUCGGAGUGCAGCUCGAGAUUGCGGUCAACAGGGCGCUGCUGCUGCUGACGGUGCCGGAGAAAGUGGUCACGGAGUUGUUGACCAAGAUGAAGGAAUGGAAGGGCAAAGGCAUGAUAGCCUUCCGCGACCUUCGAGCUUGGCGGUACAAGCUGAGGGGCACGCUGGUGCUCAUUCGCUCCGACUCGGUGGUGGCGCUGGCAAUGGUGAAAAAGUUGGCAGCGAGCUCGCCAGCCCUCAACUACCUCGGCGCGUGCGUGGCCUUCAACCUGGAGGUGGGUGGCAUCUGCGGUCUGGUCGAACAUCGCCUUGCUGGAGCCCUAAAUGACGAAGCAGAUUGGUUGAGCAGACCGCUCAAGCAAUCCACCGGUGAACCUCCGAAAGCUUUGGCCAACCUCAAGGUCAAGGAGCUCAGCAUCGACUUGGCUGCAUGGUACCCCUUUACCGCGCCGUCCAAAGACUCGGCGUGGGGGAGCAGCACAGAUAAUGUGCACAGCUUGUUUGAGUGUCUGUAA